AUGACAAACUUAUAUGAGUAUAAACAUCCAAUCAUCAACACAGAGCUUGCUUCGUCAAGUGUUGAUACGGAACCACGUAAAUUUGAAACUUUACAAGCAUGGGAAGAUGUUAUUAAUGAUUAUGAAUUCCAAGCACGUUGUCCAAUUAUUUUGAAGAAUUCUCAUAGAAAUAAACAUUUUACUUAUGCUUGUCAUUUAAAAGGUUGCCCCUUCAAAAUUUUAUUAAGUUAUUCAAAUGGUGAUAAUUUUUAUGAUACACAUAAUCAUACUCAACAAAGUAGUGAUCCAGCUAAUAGUGACAACACCGAUGCUGCUGCUGCUGCUGCUGCUGCCGCCGCCGCCGCCGCCGCUGCUGCCUCUGUGGCAGAGUUACAAGGGAAUGAUAACCAUAAUAAUAAUCAUAACCAUUCUCAUCAAGAAGAUGAAACUGAUACUUUGAUUGAUGUUAAAGCUGGUGAAGGUAAUGACAACAAUAGCAAUAAUAACAACAGCAAUAGCGAUGAUGUAAAACGUGAUGCAGAUGAAGAAAUUAUUAAAAAAGAUACUAAUAGCAACGAAAUCAAUGAGAGGAAAUACAAUGAAUCAGAUGCAACAGAUCAAAAUGUUUCAGAUGCAAUUGCAGCAGCUGUUGCGGCUGUCCAACAUCCUAAUGAUAACUCUUCUUCUUCGUCGUCUACGAUUACUAAGAAAGAUGAUUCACAUAAUCUUGAUCUUGGAGUUAAAAUUGAUUCACCAUCAAAAGAAAUUUCCAAAAAGGAUGAUAUAAAUAAAACAGAUAAUUCUUUUAAUGUUGAUGAAAUUAUUUUAGCUGCUCAUGGUUCUAAUGCGCAUCAUAAUGCUACAAUUCAAGGGCCUUUUAUUGUGACUAAGAUUGAACCAUACCAUAACCAUUCCUUAGAACAAAAUUUAUCAUUAGAUAAAUUUGUCUUAACUAAAAUUCCAAGAAUACUUCAAUAUGAUUUGAAUUUUGAUGAAACUUUAGAAGAUAUUUAUCAAAAGAGUAAUCAUUCUUUAUCGAAAUUUAAAGUGUCUCAAUUCGUUGAAGAUUCUGGUUUAUUAGAUAUUAUAAAACACAGAUAUCAUUUAAUUAAUGAAGAUAUUACAAAAAAAUUUACUUCUUUAAUUUCAAGACGUGUUACAACCUAUAAAGCAAGAUUUGUAUUAAAGAAGAAGAAAUUAGGUGAAUAUAGAGAUGUUAACCCUGACUCUUAUAUGAGGCAAGCUGGAACUGUUACUCAUUCAACAAUUCCUGGAGGUACUGAUGCUUCUAAUGAACUUUUGCCUUCUGCUGGCCCUUCAAAUGAAGGCGUAAAAGUUGAUGAACAUGAUGGUUCUGUUGAAGCAGAAACACUUAAAUCAGAACCUUCUCAUAAAAAAGAAUCUGAAGAGAAAGUUGAUAAUGAAAUAUUAAUGUCUUCAAACUUAGAUCAAGCCAUAUCACAGACUUCUGCCUCAAAUGAAGAUCAUGCUACUCUUUCUGAUGAAAAAGAUAAUGAAACUAAUGGGGAUAAUGACAAUCGUAAUGAGGAAGAUAUGGAAUCUCAUAAUGAUCUUAACGAUGAGAAGGCCGUUAGAGCUGCUGCUCAAGCAGCUAUUUCUGGCGAAUCUAUAAAUAAUUUAAAACGUACUUUUGAUUCUGUGAUUGGUAAUGACGAGGAUAUGGAACAAGAAGAACUUGAAGAAGAUGAUCUUGAGAGAUAUACUUCUUCUAAGCGUAAUAAGAUGGACCAAGCCAUGAAGGGUUCCGGUAUUGAAGAUAAUCCAUUGGCUGGUUUAGAUGAUAUGCAUGACGAUAAACUUCCUCAUGAUGUUGCAGAACAAUUAAGAUUAUUAUCAUCCCAUUUCAAGGAUGUUGAAGCUGCUUCCUUACAGAAUGCCUCCGUUGAUAACGAAAAUGACCAAGAUCAAGAUGAUGGAAAUAAUGACGAUGAAAUGAAUGAUGAGGAUGAAGAAAAAUCUAAAAAUGAGGACAUCUCUGACGAAAACAUCCAACCAGAACUAAGGGGUCAAUGA